AUGAUCCGUGGCGGGGUGAUGCUCGGCCGGCUGCGGCCGCUGGUGGCGGCGGCUGCGCGGCCCUCCGUCAACCUCGUGGAGCCUCGCCGGCAAUUCUGCACUAGGAAGUCCCGGCAACGCGACCGCUUCCGUGAGCCUCCUGGUUCCUGGGGCCUCAAUUUCUGGGUGCACCAGAAAGUGGUGCUGACUUUUCUUUUGCACACAGAGUUUGGGAAGGAGAUGGCAGAGUUCCGCAACAAGCUGAAAGAAGUCCUUCCUGGUAGCGACUGGAACCCUCUGGGCAUUUCAAAAGACUACCCUCCUGACCGGGCAGACAUAGUCAUUGUUGGAGGUGGGAUAGUUGGCUGGUCUGUCGCCUUCUGGCUGAAGAUGCGAGAGCCACACAGAAAUGCACUUCGGGUAGUUGUGGUGGAGAGGGAUCUCCAGUACACCAAAGCAUCUACCGUGCUGUCUGUGGGAGGGAUACGGCAGCAGUUUUCAACUCCUGAAAAUAUCAAGAUGUCCCAGUUCUCAGCCAACUUCUUGCGCUCAGUCAAUGAGUACCUUGGUGUUUUCAACGAGCCGCCUGUUGAUGUCCAGUUUAAUCCCUCGGGUUAUCUCUUCUUGGCCCCAGAGGAAGGAGCUGCUAUGUUGGAAGAGAAUGUAAAAAUUCAAAGGACAGAAGGAGCUGAGGUGUCCCUCUUAUCACCGGCCCAACUGAAAAAGAAAUUUCCGUGGUUGAAUACAGAUGGCGUAGCUUUGGCUUCCUAUGGCCUGGAAAACGAAGGAUGGUUUGACCCUUGGAGUCUCCUCAAUGCCUUGCGGCGCAAAGCAAUAUCGAUGGGUGUCUACCAGAGUCUUGGAGAAGUGACGUCUUUCCAGUGUGUUUCCAAUGAAAUGGUGACGGAGGAUGGGAAGGUCAUUAAUUUCCCCCGGAUCAUGUAUACUAACGUUCAAAUGCCCAACAGCAUAGAUAAUGUCACAAUAGAGUGUUCCCUAGUGGUGAAUGCAGCUGGAGCCUGGUCAGGGAGAGUGGCGGAACUGGCCGGCAUUGGGACUGGGCCACCAGGAUCAUUGGCAGAGAUCAAGCUACCCGUGGAACCUAAAAAAAGGUAUGUCUAUGUCUGGAAUUGCCCUGAUGGGCCUGGCUUAGAGACUCCAAUAUUAAUCGACACCACAGGAGCUUACUGCCGCAGGGAAGGCAUAGGUGGCAACUACCUUGGAAGCAUAAGCCCCACAGAGGAAGAAGAGCCAGAUACCCAGGACCUGGAGGUAGAUCAUGACUUCUUCCAAGAGAAAGUCUGGCCCAAGCUGGCCCACAGGGUGCCUGCUUUUGAAUACCUAAAGGUGAAGAGUGCCUGGGCUGGUUACUAUGACUACAAUACCUUUGAUCAGAACCCUGUGAUUGGCACACACCCGCUCGUGCAGAACAUCUACUUUGCCUCUGGUUUUAGUGGGCACGGACUGCAGCAUUCCCUGGCUGUGGGCAAAUGCAUCACUGAGCUCAUCCUGGAUGGAAAGUACAAGACCAUCGACCUCAAGAGAUUCUCCUUUGACAGGCUCAUCAGAGGCGAAAAAUUUCUAGAGAGGAAUAUCAUCUAGCAGGGCCAGACAAGUGGGAACAGGCUCAGA